CCCGUCCACCAAUCCAGCUCAGCCCAAAAGAGUAGUUCGAACAGUUCCUCUGAGCGGAACUGAGCUGAGCUUGUCGACCCCUAAUCUUUAUUACACGUCUUUAAUUGUUUUAACCAGUGCAUUGGAUAAAUUUUUAAAUUUCUCUGCAUUUGGAAUGUACCUUAAUUUAGUAAUUAUCGAGGUUUUGCCUUUGAUUUCAAAAAUUACCAAUUCUGAUUUCUAUAUUUUCUUCAGAAAAAAAUUAAUAGGUUUUCUACAAGCUCUUUCAAAAUAUAUUAAAGAUGGAUUUUAUAGUUGUUCCGAUUCGUAAAAUAAAAAUGAAACUUUGAAAAAAUCUAAAAACUCGGACAUUUUAAUGCAGAAUCUACUUAAAGAGAGAUACAUACUUGGAAAUAUAGAGUUAAUAUUAGAUGUGAGUUGAUUGACUAAACUGUUUUUUUUAAUUAUUUUGUUGUUUCCUUUUCUGCUUAAAAAAGUUGGAUGAAAAGUCCGAUUUUUCAACAUAAAUUAACUUUAUUCAAAAUUUCACAUGGGAAAUAUUUUAUUCAAAACAUUUUAUCUAUAUCUAUAUAUAUAUAUCCGAAGGAUGUUAAGUAAAUAAUAAUUUCAGCCAUCUCAUUUUUUUUUAAAAGAAUUUAAAAACUUGUUGUUUUCUUUAAAAAAAUUCAAAAUUCAAAUUCUUUGUAUGGCAUUGAUGAAAUAAGUUAUUUAAACAUGAAUUUUAUUUCUCAUUAAAAGACAGCAUCAAUUUUUGAAAGACAUGAUUAUCUAACUGAACCAACAGGUUAUUGUGAACAUUGUUUAAAUAUACUACAUCCAAAUAAAGAUCGAUAUUAUUCAUGUGAACAAUGUCCAUCUAGUUUUGAUAUUUGUAUGAAAUGUAUAAAUUUGAUGAAAACCGAACAUGCACCACAACAUUCAUUUAAAAAAGACAAUUAUUCAAUGAAUGAAGCUAUGAUGAUACAUUAUAAUACAUCAUGUGAUGGUUGUAAAACAGUAAAUUUUAAAGGUAUCAGAUAUCAAUGUGAUGAAUGUCGUGAAAGUUAUGAUUUAUGUGAAUCGUGUUAUCAAAAAAGAAAUAAUUUACAUCCUAAUCAUAACUUUAAAAUUGUUCAAAGUCCAUUAUUACGACUUAAUAAUCGUAUAUUAUUAGCUAGACGUGCAAUUCAAGUAUUUAAACAAUUUCCAAAUCUACAAUAUGAUCCUGUAACAGGUUAUACAUUGAAUGAUGCACAACAAGUAAAAGAACAAGAAGAAGAAAAAAUUGAAUCAGUUUUGGGAACAACGUUUACAAGAAGCAAAAAAGGAUCUGGAUCAUAA